AUGACUUCUAGCUACAUAAAUGAGGUUAAAAAAAAACAAAAAACAUAUUUAAGUUAUUUAUUUUGUAAAUUUGAGAAAUAUACGAACGAAAAGUUUUUAAAUGAUUUAAUGAACAAAUCGUUAAAUGAAAUUUCAUUAUAUCCAUUUCAAGAUGUAAAUGAUAAUGAAGUAAUAAAUGAUAUAAAUGAAUUUAUUAACGAGUUGACUAUAAAUGCAGAAUAUAAAAAAAAACGGAUAUUUAAGCAUAUAUGUGAAACAUUCCUUUCUGAUAACUUUUAUAUUUACAAUGACAAAGAUAGAUAUGAAUUAAAAUAUAUAAUUUUAAAAGUAUUAUUUUUAACUAGUGAAAAGUCCAAACAUGAUAAAUUAAAAGAGAUUGACCUGAUAUAUGAUAAAUAUUUUAAUAAUAAUAACGACGAUAAAAGAAAAGAAGAAAACGAUAUAACAGUUUUAAAUAUUAAUGAGCAAAAGGCUUUAAAUGAUAUAAAUAACUUUAAUAUAAAAGAAAAUCAAAAAUAUUUGGAUGAAUUGCAUAACAGCUAUGAUGAUGAUUCCCAAUUUAAUUUUUCUUCGAGUGAAAAUGACGAUAACGUAGAUAAUAAAGAAGAAUUUUGUAAACGUUCAAAUGAAUUAAAUAAUUAUGUAAACAACGAAAAUGAUGACCCUGAUUAUAACAAUACGAAUGUGCAAAGUGAUAGAGAUGAUAUUUUUAAUGAAACAGAAUACAACAAUUUUAUAGGAAAUUAUAUGAAAAGCAAAAAUGAAUUGGUCUAUGAAAAUGUUAUUAAAAAAAUAUCAAUGUGUGCUUAUAAAUAUCCACAUUAUGAAAAUGUCAAGGAUAAAUUAAGAUAUGCCUCGGCUCAUUUCGGACGUAAUAGCCAUGAAAUGGCUGAUGACGAAGAUGGCUACUGUGAUGAUUAUCAUUAUUCUGAUGAUUUCUAUGAUGAUUCCCCUUUACGAAAUUAUGAGCCCAAUUAUAAUAAAAAUAAAAAUAUAUAUAAAAAAAAUUAUGACGAAAAAAAUGAAAAUUUUCAAAAUAAUUUAGAUGAAUCGUAUGAUGAAUAUAUAUUUACAAAUUUAAAAAAAAAACAAAAUAAAAAUAAAUUUUAUUUGUUCACGUCUAAACCAAAAGAACAAUAUUUUUUCAAUAACAUUAAUUUUUUUGAUGAAGAAAUACAUAAUAAUAUUGAAACAGAACAAAAUUUAAUAUAUGAAACCGAUAUAUAUAAUCUCCAUAAUAUAUUUAUUAACGAAGAUAUACAACGUAGUGAAGAUUCCCAUUUUAAACAGCAAACAAGCAGUAUUUCAAAUGGAGACCAUAAUAGUAUACGUAAUAUGUCCCUUAACGAGCAAGCACAAACAAAAAUAGAUCAAAUACACAAUAUUAAUGAAAAUUUAUCUUUCGAUAAAAAUUCUGAUCAUAUAGUUAAAUACAAAAUAAACGACAAAGACGCCUUAUUAGAAUCUGGAAAUCAAGAUAAGCAUUGCAACCAAAUUUUAAUUGGAGAAAACUAUAUUAAUAAUAGAAAUACACUUGCAAAGGGAGUAAAAACUGCUAUAAAAACGCCGAGGGUUAAAAAAAAAAAUCCUUUUUAUGUAAGUGAAAUAUUUAUAAUUAAAGAAAUUUUAAUGAUGUUAUCUUUUAAUUGUCCUAUAAAAUUUAAAGGCAUAUUUUUUACAAAUUUUAUGGAUUUCUUAUUCGAUAAACCAAUGGAUAGAAAUAAAAUUAAAGAUGAUUUUUUGUUUUAUAUAGAAAUAAAAAAAAAAAUUAUAAGUAAUGGCAACCUUGGAACCACACACCAAGGAAAACAUCGUCUUAGUAGUGAUACACAAAAUAAUAAUAUCACAUCAGAACAAAUAAUUAACUCUGAUAUCAUUACUUAUUAUGCAGUUAUAAGCGAAAUGAUGAAGAUAAAAUUAUACAAUAUUCGAAGAACCACAUUUAAAAACUAUAUUAAAAAUAUUAAAAAAAUUAGCAUCAAAUUAUUUUACAUUCACAUAUUUUUUUUCCUAAUAAAUAAAUUUCGUCAUUUUUUUUUCUUUUUACCUUGUAAAUUAAGUAACAUGUUUAAUUAUAUUAUUUACAUUAGAGAUAAUUUUAGUUAUAAGGAUGGGAAAAGAAAUUUUUUUCCUCUCUUAGAUCAAUUUUGUAUGAAUAAUAAUAAUAAUGACCAAAAAGGACAUAACCUUAAUAUAUAUUAUCAGGGAAAUUUUAUGGACUGUUUUGUGGAUUCGUUAAAAACAAUUUACACUGAGUGGGGAUUCAUUAUAAACAUCUUAUAUAAUUAUCAUAUUAUACUAGUUUUAAGACAAUAUAAUAUUGUGCCCAUUAAGGAUGAUCAAAUAUUGGAUCUUCUCCAAAAAUUGAACACAAUUAAAAUUUUGGAUUAUAUAAAACUGGAAGAUUUUGUUAAUUUGAAAAGAAAAAAAAAGAGGUCAAAGAAAUAUACAAACAAUUUUCCAAAGCGCGAAUAUAUUCAUGUAUGCUCAUAUAAUGACAAUAAAAUGGGGCAAAACCAUGAAAAUUGUGAGAAAAAUUUAACUGAUGAAGAAAAAAAAAAUACAAAUAAAAUAGACACAGAUGAUAUUUCAAAUUUUCGGUCUUUAAGUUUAAUUCAUUUAGGCUAUUUAAUAAAUAAGUAUUUAUACAUAUGGAAUAAUUUAUAUAGUUUUUUGAAUUAUAUUUUAUCCUAUUUAUUAUAUAGUAUUAAUAUAAAUGAUUAUAUUUAUUUUAAUUCUAUAUAUGAUAAUGCAAAAAAAUUUUGUAUUUGUUAUGAUAUUGUUGUAUUAUAUUGGAGAAAUAAUCAAAUUUUCGUUAACAAAUCAAUGGAAAAAAUAUUCCGAUUUUUGUUGAAUAAUUUAAAUUUAUAUUAUUCAAAUCAUAUAAAUGAUUGGAUUAAAAAGGGCAAAAUAAAUGAUAAAUAUAAUGAAUUUUUUGUCUAUUCCCAAAAUAAAUCAUUAGUACAAAAACAUGAUCACAGUAUGCUUUUUAUAAAAAAACAAAAUGAUUAUGUCUUAUGCCCCGAGUUUUUUAAUUCUUUCAUUUUUUUCUUAAUAAGUUUAGGAAAUAAUAUACAUUUAUAUAUGAAAAUUAAAAAUGAGCAAGACGCUAUCGAUUAUAUUGAUUAUUACAUAAAAGAGGAAGAUAAUUCUAUGUCCCACCAAAAAAAUAUAAAAAAAUAUGGCAAAAAUAAUUAUUAUUCAGAUGUAUUACAUAGGAAAAAUUUCAAUAAUAGUUCCAAAUUUUAUGAAGACAAAGCUUCUACAGAUGACACAUAUGAAGAUGAUAUUAUUUUGUUUAGAGAACAAUCAGAUUCACAUAAAAAGUUACACGAAAAUACUCUGGAUUAUUACUACAAUUUAGAGAACAUAAAAAAAAUUCAAAAUAACUCAUUGGAUAUAUUAUCUAAAUUUUUAAAGAUACGAAAAAAUAAAAAUAGGGGAUUACCAUAUUUUAAUAAAAAUGUUAUAUCAUUAAAUAUUUCCUAUGAUAUAUUUAUAAAAAAAUAUUUUCAAGAACAAUUUUUUAGCUUUUAUAAAAAAAGUAACCGUAUAUUUUUACAUAGCAUAAUAAAAUAUUCUAGUCUUUUAGAAUAUUUUUGUUGUAUGCGCAGUUUAGUAUUUCUUGAAAUUAAUGAUUUUAUCUCACCUUUUUUCGAAUUUAUUUUUAAAGAUGUUUUGAGCCCUAUUAUUGAUGAAAGAAAAAUGAAUUACACAUUUAGGCAAUGUGUUAUUAAUAAGAUUAUUAUGAAUUGUGACAAAGCAGAUAAUAAAAAUAUAUAUAUAGAUAAUGAAGAACCACCUAAUUAUACAUGCUCAUUUUUUUUGCAUAAAAAAUUUGUAUUACUUCAUAUGAAAAUAUUAUUAUCUAUGGAUAAUACUUAUUACAUUAAUCAUUUUAAAAAAUUGCACCAUAAUACAAUUUUUAAUUUCCAAAAAAAUAUAAAAAAAAGUGAUAACCACGGAAAAAAAUAUAUACCCAACCUUUUUGACUGUGCUAACAAAAUCGACGACCCAACAAAACAAUUCAGAGAUCAUACUAAUAUUAAUAGAAUUGACCACAUAGGAAGUGAUCAAAAUGGUAAUCAGUUAUAUGACGAACAAGACCAACGAACUAAUAAUCAACAUGUAACUCAACAAAUGGAUUUAGCUAGCCAUACAUUGUUAAAUAUUAAUAACGAUGAAAUUGGGUCUAAUGUGAAUAACAGUUUUUAUUUAAAUUCUAAAAAUGAAAUAAUAACAAACGGAUGUAUACGAAAUGAGCCAAUUCAAAAAAAUAAUACACAUAAUAUUGUUGGUAUAAAAAAUGAAUAUAAUGAAAAAGAUCAGAAAAACGUUGAUAAUAAUAGAAAAAAUGAUACUAAUGAUUUAGAAGAUAAAAUAUAUAUACGUAAUGAAUUAAUAAAGAAUUUUUAUAAAGAAGAGAUAAUUAUAAAUGUACUUAAAAAUAUAUAUUUCAGAUUGAAAGAAAACAAAAUGUACAAUAAUAACAUCAACGUUAUUACUAACAGAAAUUUAAUGAUUGAAACAAAAGGUGGACCAUUUAUAAAUUUUUUGUUUGACUCUAAUUGUUUAGAAAAAUAUUCAGCUAUAUUUUCUUUUUUUUUAGAAAUUAAAAAAUCUUUGCAUAUAUUAAAUUUGGUUCAUAUAUUUUAUAAAUAUUUAAAGACAAAAAGAGCUGAAGAAGCUUUGCAAUUUCAUAAUUUUCAUAUUAUUAUUACAGCAUUGUGCAUAUUAAAAUAUAGAAUUUUUUUUUUCUUAAAUACUUUAUAUACCUAUUAUCAAUGGAUUUUAACCUUUGCAUGGAAUAAUUUUUUGUUAAAUCUAUAUGCUUCAAAAUCCUUAUAUCAUAUAAAAAAUAAUCAUGAAUUAUAUUUAAAUUUCUUAUUAGAAGCAAUGCUAAUACCUAUAACUACUGAACAUCAAGAAUUGUACAAUUAUUACGUAAACAAUGAUUAUAAAAAUAAUAGUGAAAUUUACAAACAAUUUGAAGCAAACUUUUAUAAUUUUUCCGAAAAAAAGGGUCAGCAAGAUGUAUUCGAAAGAAGCACACAUUUAUCAAAAAAUAAUAGUACUAAUAAUAUGCAAAAUAUAGAAAAUAAAAGUGAAUACAAAGGCGAAAAAGGCUUUAAUAAUUUACAUAAAAAAUCGCUAUUAAAUGAACUAUUUUCUAAUAACAUUUUAAAUAUAUUAUUUAUACCUACCCAAAUAUAUGAAAUAAUGUCAGAAUUAAGCAAGUACUUUAAUAUUAGUUUUGACAUAAACUUUGACAAUUCUUAUGAUAACUUUGAGUACGAAAGGGACGAGGAAAAUGACGAAUUCGAAAAUGAUGAUGAUGAAGAUGAAGACAUCGAUCAAGUAAAAAAAAAUAUAAUAAAUGAAAAUUAUAAUGAAAAAGGCGUUAAUAAUUUGAAUAAUGAGAAUAAUUUAAAAUACACAGAAAAAGAGCAAGCCUUAUUUUAUAUAAAAAAUAAUAUCAAAUCGCUUUUAAACAUUUUUGAAAUACACUAUGCUGAAUUUAUGAUGAAAUUAAAUAUUAUUUCCUUUAACAUUGAAGAAAAUAGUUUUUUUGGACCUAAUAAAAAUUCCAAACUUUUUAAUCAUAUAAUAAGAAUGGACAAAAAUAUUUUAAAAAAAAUUUCAAUACUCGAAUAUAUGUUAUCGUUUCGAUCAUUUUCAAGUACCCCUACACAUUGUUUACCAUGA